AUGCAGUCCGUUUCGGAGCAGCAGCUGGAAAUCCUGUGCGUCAGCCAGUUCACGUUGUACCACCGGAUGAAGGGAAAUCGUCCCGACUUUAGCCGUGCCAUGCAAGGACCCCAAGCGCAAGAACUGUACGGGACGCUGCUGCAGAAACUGCGUGAGCAGUACGCACCGGACCGCAUCAAGGACGGUGUGUUUGGGGCCAUGAUGCAGGUGCACAUCCAGAACGAUGGGCCCGUCACGCUGGAGAUUGAAUCACCGCCGCAAACGGAGCAAGAGCGACAGAAACUGCAGCGCUCGCAAGGGCACAAGGCGAAGGUGAAAGGUACAAGCGAACCGGACAUGCAACGGGCACCGGCUGGAGGCGAGUGA